UCGUAUCCACACACACAUACAGCCACUCUCUCUGUCUGCCAUUGGAAGAGGAACCAAAUGAGCGAGAAAUAAAACAAGGGCGGUUUCUUCGCUCUUUCCGUCUUCCCGGAGAUCGCCUGACUUGUUGAUUUCUCUCCCCGUUUAUGACCCUGAACUGUGGCUUCUGUGCUUCCUGUUACCACCGCUUGGCUCCUUCGAUCCUCUCUCUUUCUCUCUAAAAGACGCUUGCACUGAGAGAACAGUUGGGGGCAGAGACAGAGUGAGAGGAUGAAACGAAGGUCAGGAAGGGAGGGGCUUUGAGAAGCGUUGGGGCGCGUUAAAUGUGUCAUUUCCUCCUCUGGCUCCUUCCACCGAUCCCUUCCCGAGCCUAGGUUCUCGCCGUUCCUCCGAAAGGAGCAGGUUCUGGAAGCUGGAGCUCGCCUUAUCUGCCCCCCUUCUCUUACUGUGCCUUUCGCUGCACUGAGGAAGGGCGAUAGAUGGAGGUGCAUAGAUAAAGGGCUCGGCUUCGGUUCUAGUCUCGCCCAGAACCCUGAAGUCUCGAUCUUGCUGGUGUUUUGAGUGGUUCGGCUAGAUUUUCAGCGUCUAGAUUCUUGAGGGAAGGAGGACCGGCUCCCUCUUUCGGUUCAUGAAUGGAUGGGAUGUCUGGCUCAGCCUAUUACAUAGCGCAUAGAGCAAUCCCCGGUCCCGGUGCUGGUUCGCAGUCUGGAUUUAAUGUGGCAGCGCAACCCGGGGUCCGGUCGAUGCCGAACCCCGGCGCGAUUCUGACGGCCCCGUCUUCCGGCGUUGGUUCGAUGCCGUUCCAGGUAGAGUCUCCUCCAGCGGUCUCGUCCCAUGGUGGUGGCGGUGGUCUGAACGAGGGAGUAAGCCAAACUGAGCCGGUGAAGAGGAAGAGAGGAAGGCCGAGAAAGUAUGGGCCGGAUGGGAACGUAGCUUUGGCGCUCUCGCCCAUUUCCUCGUCUGCUCCUCCUUCCGGGACGGGGACCGUGUCAGGGUCAGCUUCGGGGUCCGGCGCUCCGACGCAGAAGCGAGGAAGAGGGCGGCCGCCAGGCACUGGAAGGAAGCAACUGUUAGCAUCGCUUGGUGAAUGGGUUGUUGGAUCAGCUGGAAUGGGUUUUACCCCACACGUCAUAACAAUUCCAGUAGGAGAGGACAUCGCUGCAAAGAUAAUGUCAUUCUCCCAGCAGGGACCAAGGGCUGUCUGUAUCCUCUCAGCAAAUGGUGCUGUGUCCACUGUGACUCUUCGGCAGUCUGCAACUUCUGGUAGCACAGUCACUUAUGAGGGCCGUUUCGAGAUACUCUGCUUGUCUGGUUCAUACACUUUGAUGGACAAUGGUGGAUCGCGUAGCAGAGCUGGAGGGCUGAGCAUCUCUCUUUCUAGUCCCGACGGCCGCGUAAUUGGCGGUGGUGUAGCUGGAUCUCUUAUAGCUGCAAACCCGGUACAGGUAAUUGUAGGAAGCUUCAUUUACGCAGGAUCAAAGGCGAAGAGCAAGGUGAAAGCCAGCAAUGAAACAGGCACUGAACCCGAGCUGGAGGUUGGGGAUGAGCGACACAUGCAGUAUGCAGAGUUCCCUAGUGAAAACGUUACUCCUCCGGUCAUGGCAGGGUGGCCUGCAUCGAGGCAGCUCGAUAUGAGGAAUGCUCACAUGGAUAUCGACCUGACACGAGGGUAGUGUUGUUCAUAUGAGGCAUCGAAUAGUCACUGGGAUCAUUAGGUAGCAACAUUCCAUGGCACUCCUGCAGCAGCUCAAGUUUGAAUCUCUUAUGCUAACAAGCUUUCAGUUAUAUCCUUGGUGGAAGAUGUGUUGAUGCUUCUUCAUAGUUGUAGAACUUGUAAGUCAAUGUAGGUGUUCAAAUGCAGCUGAAGAAGUCUUUGCAGAUUAAUGUAGCUAUUUCUGAUGAUCAAGUGUCUUGAUUGAACAAGCACAUGCAUCAUGCUGAAGUGCAAACAUAAUUCACAAACAUAAUUCCCAGAUUGAUUUCAACUUGUAGCAGAUUGGGAUGAAGUGCUUGAAGGUUUCUCAA